AUGGGAUUGAAUUAUUUAUAAAAGAAAAAUUGGCAUCCAGGUUCUUUGAAGAAUUAAGAAAUUGUUUGGAUUAGAGAACAAAUCCAAGCUGAUAUAAUAAAGAGGGAGCAAGAAAGGGCAAAAAAAUUGGCAGAAGAAAAAAACAUAGAGGAAUUAAAAAGAAUUUAAGUUGAAGCAGGUUUAAUUCCAAAAAGUCAUUUGGAUAGAAUGGAAUGGAUGUAUGAUGUCAGCAAACUUGAAAAAUAAAAUCAAAAUUCAGCAGAAGAAUAUCUUCUUGGUAAGACUGCUACAUCUUAAGAAGUGGAAAAACUAGCAGAUUAAAGAGAAAAGGCUAAACAAACUUAAUAAUAUCAAACAGUUUUUAAAGAGGAAACAACAAAUGCAAAAUGUGAAGAUUUUGUGCUUGUGCAUGAAGAUCCUAUGUUCUAAAUUAUGAAAGGGGAAUAACAAAUAAAAUAAGUCUUAUUGCAGAAUCCUUUGAAAGUGAAAUAAUUGUAAGAGAAGAUAGAAGCAAAUAAAAAAAUAAAGAAAGAAAAAUCACAUAAAGAGAAAAAAGAUAAAAGUAAAAAAAAGAAUGGUAAGAAGGAUAAAAAGUCAUCAAAAAAAAGUAAGAAACAUAAUAGAAGCAGUAGUUCUAGAUCUUCAUCUUCAAGUUCUAAGGAAUAAGAGAUUUCUACAGCCAUUUCAACAGGUUCUUCUAAAUCUUAAAUUUAUUAAUAAUAUUUAAAAGAAAGAUUGGGAAAUAUUGCAGUCACAGACGAACAUGGAAAUGUUAAAGCAGAUUUCAGUCUGAUGAAAAAAAAAUAUAGAAAAAACUUAAAUCCAUAGUAAUCUUAGGAGGAACUACGUAAUUAAAUGGCAGCCGAUGGAUAACAAAGACUUCAACAAUAAUUAAAAUAAAUUGAUGAAGAACCUAAAUAAUAAUAAUAAGGAGUAGGAGGAGGAUAAUUUUUAAACAAAAUAAGGAAAGAAAUAUAUAAUUAAAAUGAUUCUAGUGCCUAUCAAGAUAGAAUUAAAAGAAAUAGACACUUCUAAGAAAGAUUUAAUGAAUGA